AUGGAGAAAGUCAAAAGAUCUAGGUUUGCUCAGUGGGCGAACAAGCUCGCUGUGGAGAAUGAUCAAAAUCUGACUACCGCGCAGCUCAUGCUUUACAACCAUGACUUGAAGCCAGUCGAACACGAACGGAGGCAAUGGGGGGCCUGGAAUUUUGUAGGAUUCUGGAUUGCCGACUCGUUCAACAUCAACACAUGGAUGAUCAGUGGCAGCAAUAUUGCGGAUGGACUGUCAUGGUGGCAGAGCUGGAUCUGCGUGUGGCUCGGCUACUCUAUCGCCGCCUGCUUCGUAUGCCUCACAGGCCGGAUCGGUGCCACGUAUCACAUCUCCUUCCCGGUGGUCAGUCGCUCAUCCUUUGGGAUCUGGGGUGCGCUAUGGCCUGUCUUCAAUCGAGCAGCCAUGGCCUGUAUCUGGUACGGAGUGCAAGGAUGGAUUGGUGGAACCUGUGUCUACCUGAUGAUCCGCAGCAUCUGGAACGAUUGGCGCGAUGAUACUGGCGACGGUGGCAUCAAAAACGGCAUUCCCAACUCAGGUACCAACACCGUUGCUUUUGUUUCGUUCUUCCUCUUUUGGGCCGGCUCGCUCCCCGCUCUGUGGUUUCCAGUGCACAAAAUUCGCCAUCUCUUCACGGUCAAGGCCUUCUUCGUGCCCGCUGCAGGCGUUGCCUUCUUCAUCUGGGCUGUUGUCCGCGCAAAGGGUAUCGGUCCAAUCGUACAUCAGCCAGGAGAAAAGCAUGGCUCCGCCCUCGCUUGGUUGAUGAUCAGGGGAAUAAUGUCUGCCAUAGCAAACUUCGCAACCCUCAUCGCCAACGACCCGGAUUUCGCACGUUUCGCCCGCAAACCAAGCGACGCAUUUUUGCCCCAGCUCAUCACUAUUCCUGUCGGCUUCGCUAUUACUAGCUUCAUCGGCAUCAUUGUCUCUUCUUCUUCCACCGUCAUUUUCGGCGGCCAGCCCAUCUGGAACCCGCUCGACCUCCUCGAGAGCUUCCUCAACGAAAACGGCGGCUCCGCCCAGCGCUUCGGCGUCUUCCUCAUCGCCGCGGCCUUCACCCUUGCCCAACUCGGCACUAAUAUCGCCGCCAACUCCGUCUCCGCAGGCACAGAUAUGACAGCUCUGGCGCCCCGCUGGCUCACCAUCCGCCGCGGCAGCUACGUUUGUGCGCUCGUCGGCCUCGUCAUGUGCCCCUGGCACCUCCUCUCCAGCAGCAACAACUUCACCACGUACCUCUCCGCGUACUCCGUCUUCCUGUCGUCCAUCGCCGGCGUCAUGGUGUGCGACUACUACAUCGUGCGCAAGGGCUACCUCCAGAUCCACGACCUGUACUCCGGCAAGAAAACCGCGCCAUACUACUUCACGUACGGAGUCCACUGGCGCGCGUACGCGGCGUACAUCGCGGGCAUCGCUAUCAAUGUUGUUGGCUUUGCGGGUGCAAUCGGCCGCGAGGUCCCCGUUGCCGCGCAGCACAUUUACGACUUGAACUAUUUUUGCGGGUUUGGUGUUGCAGCGGUGGUGUACUGGAGUUUGUGCAAGAUGUCGCCGAUCCCGGCGACGAGCCAUACAUGGCUGGAGGUUGGGGACUUGAUUAGCGAUGAUUUCAAUGCAAAUGCUAGUGAUGAGGAGGGGCGGUAUGAUGAAGAGACCAUGGCGGGUGGCAGUGGGAAGGACGCGCUGAGGAAAAAGAUAUUCAGCGAGGAUAAGAACUGA